AUGGUGUUCAAUUUCAAAGUGUUCAAGAAGGUAUCACCAAAUGGGAAGAUAACUCUCUACUUAGGCAAGAGAGACUUUGUUGACCACAUCACGUCUGUUGAUCCUAUUGAUGGUGUUGUUCUGUUGGAGUCAGACUAUCUGUCAGGCAGAAAAAUUUUUGGACAAGUGAUCUGCAGUUUCCGUUAUGGCCGAGAAGAGGAUGAAGUUAUGGGGCUCAACUUCCAAAAGGACCUUUACCUUGCAUCAGAACAAAUCUAUCCACCUCCUGAGAAGCGAGAACAGAAUCUUUCAAAAUUACAGGAACGCCUUAUCAAGAAACUGGGGCCCAACGCUGUUCCGUUCACUUUUCAUCUCCCCCAGAAUGCACCAUCAUCUGUCACCCUUCAGCCAGGUCCAGAGGACCAAGGGGAACCUUGUGGUGUGCAGUACUAUGUGAAGAUAUUUGCUGGAGAAAGCGAAGCGGAUCGCACUCAUAGAAGGUCUACUGUUAAUUUAGGAAUUCGCAAAAUUCAAUUUGCUCCAUCCAAACAAGGUCGUCAACCAUGCACUGUGGUUCGAAAAGACUUCAUGCUUAGUCCUGGGGAACUGGAGCUUGAAGCAACUUUAGAUAAGCAGCUGUACCAUCAUGGAGAAAAAAUUGCAAUUAAUAUAAGCAUUCGCAACAACAGCAACAAGAUGGUAAAGAAAAUUAAAGCAAUGGUUCAACAAGGUGUAGAUGUUGUCCUCUUCCAGAAUGGGCAGUACAGAGCUUCAGUGGCAAGCAUGGAAACUCAGGAAGGUUGCCCUAUUCAACCUGGGUCCACUUUGCAGAAAGUCAUUUACUUAAUACCUAUUUUGGAUAGCAACAAGGAUCGCCGUGGCAUUGCACUAGAUGGGCAGCUCAAACAUCAGGACACAAACCUUGCUUCUUCAACUUUGUUGGCUGCUCCCGAUCAGCGAGAUGUCUUUGGAAUAAUAGUUUCCUACAGCGUGAAAGUGAAGCUGUACUUGGGUGCUUUAGGAGGAGAGCUUACAGCAGAACUACCACUUGUGCUGAUGCAUCCCAAGCCUGAAAAAAAUAAGCUCUUGCAUGCUGAUAGUCAAGCAGAUGUGGAGAUGUUUCGCCAAGAUACUAUUGAUCAUGAUUUACCUCCACUUGCCGAAGCCUGUUAGUUCUCAUUUAUAUACCAGCAGAAAUAUACAUGACUCUGCUUAUUUUUCCUUGCUAUAACCUAAACAGAACAUAAUAAAUUCAAACCAUUUUAUUUAUUGUUAGUUAAAUCAUUAAAUGAGAUUAUAUUAUAUAUUAAGUCUUCAAUUUAGAUAAAACCUACGACUUGAAUUUGAAUUUAAUUAACAUACUGUGUUCAAUGCAAAAACAGACAUUGCUUUACAAAUUUUGCUCAGAAAUCUUUUAAAAUAUAUAUCAAAAUGUCAUUUCCAUUAGUAACAAUUAUAAUUAUUACUUAAGUCAAAGCAAAAUGUAAUUCAUAAAUCCAGCAAAAUACCUAUUACUCAGAAAAGAAAAAAGGGAAUACAGGCAUGUAACAUGUAGAUUGUAUAAUACUUUAUUGUACUUACUGUUUUACGAGAAAAAUUAUAUCUAGUAUAAAACAAAUGCAAAUGAAUUGCUCACAAUACAAUAAUUAUACACAAUUUAUGGUUGAAAAUAUGGUAAUGUAUGCCAGGUCAUCACUUAUGGCAGCCACUUUUCCAGCACUUGCAAUAUUACCUAACCCUAUCCUUUUACCCCCACCCCCCACCCCAUUUUCCUAAGACAAAACAAGGCUUUGCUUCAAAUUCAUUGUGUCUUUUGUACCACAAGCACUAAAUGAUCAAUAGUAGUACAAUGAAGUCACACACAGUUGUUAACUGUUUUUGUCGUAAAAUAAAAAAAAUAAUUAUAAGUUUUUUCUUCAUUGAAUGUGUGAUUCUCCCAAAUGUACUUUGUCAAAAAUAUUAAACCCUUCCCCUCUUGUAAAUAAAAAUGAUCACAGAAAAUUUGAAAUCCCCAUUACAAAUUGGUUCACAGAUAUGAGUAUAUCACUGGACCAAAUUUCUCCAUGGCACACAGCUCAGCAUUUUUAGGCAGAUAAAAUACAUUGUGAAAUAACAAUAUGAAUGUCCAAGAUAAAUCUUGGAUUAAUGGACACAUUACUCAAUUACCAAUGAAACAAAUCAUGGUAAUAUGAAAUUCAUUGACAUCCACAGCUGCAACACUUGCAAUCACAUUUUUACACAUGGAUUUAAUUCUUAACUAUGAUCAUCUACUCAUCAGUCAAUUCAAUCAUCCUUUAACUAUUAAUCUCAUUUAUAAAGUACAAGUGACAAAGCCAGUACACAGGAUAACCACAUUUUUUCAGAAUUUGCACUUGUCACAAAAUAUUUCAAUUCAAAUUCAUUGGACUCUCACAAACUUUUACAAGAGAACUACUUGAUUCAUAAAAUACUUCUCCUAUUAUCUCAGAAUUUAAGAAAACAUUUUGAACAAAUGCCAGAUACGUUCUUUUCAAAUAAACGUCAGCUUGCACUCAAAGGCUUGUAUAAUACUACCCAUGGUGUGGGAGGCGGACAUCAUUGAUAUUCUCUUUCUUGCUUAGACAAGAGAUGACUGCACAUGCAAACAUCCAAAUGCUCUUUGAAGUCAGGAAAAAAGAUUAUAUCUCAAGGAGAUAAUAUAUUAUACAACAACAUAAUAGAAAUAAAUAAACAUUAAACUGUUGCACCUUUUAUCAUUACAAAACUCCUACAAUUUAUGCAAAUUAAAAAAUAUUAC